ACCGUUUCAGUGACUCGAAGGCGCCAUCUUGUGUCGGGACGCAGUGAUGCUGCUGCGGAAGGAGAGAGGAGGAGAUGGGAGGUCCUCAGGCUGAACUUCAGACGGGAAAUAAAGCUCGGCUGUCGUUCAGGAUGGACAGGAAGCAGUGUUGUGUGAAGUUGUCGGUCGAGCCGUCCAGAGGGCUCAUGGAUGAGAAGUUUGUCGUCCUAGUCCAGAACGUCUUCCCUGGUUCCCAGCUGACCGUCUACGCCCUCUACCAGUGUGAAGGUGGAUACAGCUGGGAGUCGUUCGCUCACUACACCGCCAACGCCACUGGGACUGUGAACGUUUCAGAGGAUCUCAGUCUGGGCGGGACAUAUUCUGGAGUUGAACCGAUGGGUCUAAUGUGGAGCCUCAGACCCGUUCCAGGCAGCAAACCUUGGCUCAGGAUGAGGAAGAUGAACGUCCAGACUCCCAUGGAGGUCAAAAUCUCCGUGUACCAGGGUCACCAGACUGAGGGCUUCGUGGAUAAGGUGCCGCUGGCCGGUGUGGUGGUGGAGCGCUGGUACAUGGCGCCCGGCGUCCGCAGGAUCCCGGUUACAGAGAACGGACUCACUGCGACCCUCUUCCUCCCCUCAGGACCGGGACCUUUCCCCGGCCUCCUGGACCUGUGGGGGGGUGGAGGGAAGUUGGUGGAGUACCGCUCAGCGCUGCUGGCUUCUCACGGCUUCGCCUCCUUGGCCCUCGACUACCUGACACCUAAAGUCACCAUGGAAACUGGGAAGAUGGUGGACAAUGAGUACUUUGAGACGGCCUACAGAUUCCUGGAGCAGCAUCCUCAGAUCCUCAGCAGCAGGAUCGCCAUGAUGGGUCUUUCCUUCGGCACCACUGUCACCCUCAAAACAGCGGUUUACUCCAAAGUUGUAAAGCUCAGGUGUAUAGUGUGUAUUAGUGGGAGUCAUGUGCAGCCGAUUGACGCAACUAUGGAGCAAACAUUUAUUGCCUAUAACCAAAACGUUGAUAAGACUCGCUUCACCGAGGAGAAUCACGUGAUCUGGCGAGAUCUGCUGCUGCCCAUCCCCACUGACCCCUCACUCAAAGUGGACAUGGGACGACUCAAGUGUCCUCUGUUGCUGGUUGUCGCUGAGGACGAUCAGAACUGGCCCGCCCAGGAGUCUGCAAUGGACAUGAAGGAGAUGAUGAAGCAAGCGGGGAACAGCCACCUGCUGACCCUCCUGUCGUACCCGAACGCCGGUCACCUGAUCGAACCUCCGUUCACACCGUUCGCCCGAGCCAGCACCUUCAGAACUGUCGGCCCAUCAUCUCAGACGGUGGUGGUUCUGUGGGGCGGCGAGACGGUGGGACAUUCUCGCGCUCAGGAAGACGCCUGGAGGAAGAUGUUGGUCUUUCUGAAGGAGCAUCUGUACGGCAUCACAAACCCUGGUGCAACUUCAUUUUCCCGCCUGUAACCAAGGCAACAACUGAUGAAGAGCUACUUCGGGAGCCUCUGGUUCAGGAAGAUCAUUUUUCCCAUGGUUAAUGUUGUAUUGACUCAGGUCGACUACAGCUUUGAUGGGCAUGAAAUGUUCCUGGUUGUAUUACUACAAAACAUGAAGAACUGUGUUUUUCAAAAACUAGAAAAAAAGAAAAAACACAACAACUUACACAAGAUAAAAAGAGUUGAUUCAGACACCAAAAUGUAUUUAUAUUUGAAAUAGUUUUGGCCCCAAAAGAAGAAAAAUUAAAUGACUCAAACUUCUAUUUAGUCGAUGUCCCCUGAAAGGAUCUUUUUUGUCUUUAAGGAGGGGUGGUGGAUGGGUCAAACAAACACAGGACUUUUAAUCAGGGGACCGGCAUUCGUGUCCCGUAUGAAACCACGUACGAUAUGUCACUGAGUCACAUUACUGAGACAUUACGCCCGUAUGUUACAAGCGUGCUUAUUUUAAGCCAACCAAUGAUGUUUUUUCGAACCCUAAACACCUAAACCUAACUGCCACCGUGUUACAACAUUGUUCCUUUUGUGUAUGAAUGUACUUAUUGUUUUAUUGUUUUGGAUAAAAGCUUCCAAAGAUAUUCACUUUACAAUGAGAGAAAACCGAGAAAAUCAUUAAAUCCUCACACAGGAGAAGCUGACACCUGAGAAUAGUUGAGACUUUUUGAUUGAUAAAUGAAUAAACUGAUUGAUGAAUUAUCAAGAUAUAGAUAGAUUUUCUGUGGAUUCAUAAAGACAGAGAUCUUUUCAGGCAUCUGGAAGAAUCUGAGAAUUUCAGUCAAAGAAACACACAGUAUAUACAGUAUAUGACAAACUGGUUACAUGAAGCUUGAGCGGGUAGAAGGAAGGGGCACUGGAGAAAGGGAGAAUGGAGUUCAGCUUUGUUUCACCCAGAUAAGAUGAGCCCAGCAAGUGAAACUGUUGCUACAAAUCAGAGCACAAGGUCAGACUUUUCUCAGAAACAAAUGGAACCGAUGUUCCACACAGUGGUAUUAUUUCAUUGUAAGACUUUUACUUGUAACAGUGUAUUUUCACAGUGUGUUAUUUGUACUUUUACUAAUCUGAAUGCUUCCUCCACCACUGCCAAUGCCUACUGCAAAUUACCAUCAGGGAGGCAUACUUAGUACGUAGUAGGUUUAAUGUACAGAUGUGAGUCCACUACAGUUGAUCUGAUGCUGGACUGUUCAGUUCACUGCUGCUGGAUAUGAGUUAAAUGGGCAACGCUUGAAAAAACAAAAACAUUAGUGCUUAAAUUAAAAAUGAGAUAUUAUGAAAA